CCGGCGAGCAUUUGAAGCAGCUCUGGUUUGACAACACGUCACAGCACACAUUUUUAAAAAAAAAUAUAUUUUUUAAAUAAAAAAUAAAGUCCACCAUCUUAAAAGUACGUAAUGUAAGUUCACAGAAGCGGCGAACGAAGCUACAAGCACGGUGAAGUGGAUGCUUGAAGAAGAUACUAGCAAAGAAGGCUUCCGGAUUUUGCUUCGGGCGGUUCGGUGAGAGGAACCCCCCUCGCUUUGAGACACCUUCAAGCCGCCUGAGAGGACCAGCAUGGAGGGAGACACUCACGUGCCGGACGACCUCACUCCGGAGGAGCAGCAGGAGCUGGAGAACAUCCGCCGCCGCAAGCAGGAGCUGCUGGAGGACAUUCAGCGGCUGAAGGAUGAGAUAGCAGAAGUCACCAGCGAGAUUGAGAACCUGGGUUCCACUGAGGAACGGAAAAACAUGCAGAGGAACAAACAGGUGGCAAUGGGCCGUAAGAAAUUCAACAUGGACCCUAAAAAGGGAAUCCAGUUCCUCAUUGAGAACGACUUGCUGAAGAACACUAGCGAUGACAUCGCUCAGUUCCUCUACAAGGGCGAGGGUCUGAACAAAACGGCCAUCGGAGACUACCUCGGAGAAAGAGAUGAUUUCAACAUACAGGUCCUCCACGCAUUUGUUGAGCUUCACGAAUUCACAGACCUCAACCUGGUCCAAGCCCUAAGACAGUUCCUGUGGAGCUUCCGACUUCCGGGAGAAGCCCAGAAAAUCGACCGCAUGAUGGAGGCCUUCGCUCAGCGCUACUGCCAAUGCAACCCUGGCGUCUUCCAGUCCACAGACACCUGUUACAUCCUGUCCUUCGCCAUCAUCAUGCUCAACACCAGCCUCCACAACCCCAACGUGAAGGACAAGCCCACGGUGGAACGCUUCAUCUCCAUGAACCGAGGCAUCAAUGACGGUGGUGACCUACCCGAGGACCUCCUCAGGAAUCUGUACGAUAGCAUCAAAAACGAGCCGUUCAAAAUCCCGGAGGACGACGGCAACGACCUCACGCAUACGUUCUUCAACCCCGAUAGAGAAGGUUGGCUGCUAAAACUUGGAGGAGGACGCGUGAAGACCUGGAAGAGGAGAUGGUUCAUCCUCACCGACAACUGUCUCUACUACUUUGAGUACACGACGGACAAGGAGCCGCGAGGGAUCAUCCCGCUGGAGAACCUGAGCAUCAGAGAGGUGGAGGACAAGAAACCUAACUGCUUUGAGCUUUUCAUCCCUGACAACAAGGAUCAGGUGAUCAAGGCGUGCAAGACGGAGGCCGACGGACGCGUCGUGGAGGGCAAUCACACCUUCUACCGAAUCUCCGCCCCCUCCACCGAGGAGAAGGAUGAAUGGAUGAACAGCAUUAAAGCCGCCAUCAGCAGGGACCCUUUUUACGAGAUGUUGGCCGCCAGGAAGAAGAAGGUGUCGUCGAUGAAGAGGCACUAAGAGCUGCUUGUCGCCACGCUGAAUGUUGCACUUGAAAGGAGCAGGUUGUCGUUUUUGGACUCUGCUGGCCAGGAAACCAAGAGGCAUGCUAUGCUGGCUCUUAAGGAUGAGACUUGAGGGUGGGGGAAAAGGAGGGUCCAAGCGACCUUUGACCUUCUGGCUCAAUGCAGUCAGCCCCCAUGUGAGGUGAGCAUCAAAACCCUCUUUGGAUUCCUAAAAAAACGUGCCCAAACCCCCAGCACAUUGAACUCAGCAGGUCUGAACAUGUGCGGCAACAAAAUACUCCUCAUAAAAAAAAGAACUUUUCUAUGUAUAUAUAUAUAUAAGGCUUUAUUAGAUAACUUUUUACAGCUUUACUGUCUUUUCUUGGUUUGCUUUUGUAAUACUUCUUGUAACACACAUCAGGAAGACGAAGCAAGUGACUCGGCGUUCCUAUUGAGUGAUUUUUGUAAGAGAAAAAUCCAAAAUGUCAAAAUUUUUCCACUCAUUUGCAUGACUGAAAAAUGUUUUGCAUCAGUUUCCCCUUGGCUUGUACCACCUGGCGCUGCGUAAUAUGAACAUGCUGCUGGUUAGCGACAGUCAUUCACUUUAUAUGAACGGUUACCUUUAUAAUGGUAAAACUAAUAAUAAUAAUUACUGGAUGUACAGUCCAUUGGCUGUGUCAGUGUCUACAGGUUGUUUAUGCACACGCUGCAUAUAGAAGCUUUAAAAACACCACCAAUAAAUAUAAGGUUGUCCUUGUCUCAGGAUCCACACUUUUGAUGUGAAAUGUUCUUUUUUUUUCCUCUUGAUGUGAUAAACCAAAACACUGAGAAAAUAAAUGUGUCAAACCGCAAUGAGGUUCAGUUUUAUUUCUCCAUUACUGAUAUUUGUUCUUCUGUUUCAUCCACUCCGCUUCUAACACUUGUAGAGAAUUAAAACUCAUAUUGCUAGACAGUAUUGGUUUAUUUAUCAAACAUUGUACAUACUGAAAUGUAUAGUGAGUUUGUUCAUUAUUAGUUGUGUCAUUUUUUGUGUCAUUUAAGGUUUUUAUUGUUGCCAUUUAAUCAUAAUACAAUAAAAAUGGAUCAGUCUUAACUUUUGGAA